GUAAGCUUAGAGAGUAUGUGCAUAGCGAUUGUCGCAAGAAAUUAUCUGGGUAAGGUGAUUUGGAUUCACUCUGCUCGGUUGGAUUUCUCGGAUGCUUUAUGCGGAGAAGCUGCGGCUUGCUGUUUGGCUGUUUCGUCAGCUGCGGAAUUAGGAUAUAAGUAUGUUAUUGUGGAGAGUGAUUCGAGACUAGUGAUCAAUGCGCUCAAUAAGAAAAUGUCACAUUGGGCCCUUGAUAACUAUGUCUCCUUUUGUAUUAAAUCAUCUCCCUCUUUUUCUAGUUGUAACUUUUCUAAUGUUAGCAAGAAUUGUAAUUUUGUUGCCCAUAAUGUGGCUAAGUGGGCGUUUACCCACCAACUGUACGGUUCUAUUUUGUUAUCCUCUGUACCGAAGGAACUACUGUGUAAUGACCGUGAGGUCUAACAAUUUCUUGUUUCAUUGAAUGAAUACGCUUAUUUCAAAAAAAAAAAAAAAAAAAAAAACAAAGAAAGAUAUGGGCUUGUUCUAAAUGGGCCACAAACAAACAGGCCCAAUGAUAGAUGGGCUUAUUCCGUACACUUUUGCCGUCGUCUGAGUUCCCCGUUGCCAUUUCUUCAAAGAUAUCUCUAAUUAAACAUCUUGAGGAUUUUUGGGGAACUCUAACUCUUACCAUUUUUGAUUAAGUAUGGGUUGGAAAGCAGCAGAGAAGCUUAUUAGACACUGGAAAAUUGUCAGGGGAGAUAAUGUGAUGAUAACAAGGGGUAAAGAUAAAGGUGAGAGUGGUCUUGUUAAGCGUGUUGUUCGUUCUCAGAAUCGAAUUAUUAUCGAAGGCAAAAAUUUGGUUAAGAAACAUAUCAAGCAAGGUCAGGGUCAUGAAGGUGGGAUCUUUACAGUUGAAGCCCCUCUUCAUGUCUCAAAUGUUCAAGUUCUUGAUCCAGUUACCGGGAAACCUUGUAAGAUAGGGACUAAGUAUCUUGAAGAUGGCACUAAAGUAAGAGUAUCCAGAGGGAUUGGAUCAUCUGGAUCAAUAAUUCCUCGGCCUGAGAUCUUGAAGAUAAGAACUACUCCGAGACCUACAGUUGCUGGUCCUAAGGAUACUCCAAUAGAUGUGGUGCUGGAGAAGACUUACGACGCGAAAAGAGGAGUAGGCAUGCCCGAUCUUUGAGCGAUUAUUACGACCGACGGGUACUCUUGAAUAAUUUUUGUCUUGAAAAUAAGCUGAAGUUGAAGAUAUGAAGUGAGAUGAUUUAAAUAUACUGAUUUAGAUUCAUGAUAAUCAUUUCAUUUAGAAAUCAUGUAACAAUAUUCUACUUUCUUAUGUGCAUGAACAUCUGAUUUUUCAGCUAUAGUAACCCGUGAAUGCCGUGUCAGAUGUUCUGAAUUUGCACCAAUACAACUGAAAAUAAUUUGUUAGCUUAUUCUUUAUUAUACAUUUCUUUCAUCUA